AUGUCGAAGCGAACGACAUUUACGACCAUCUCGCCGCUGCCCUCGGGCAUUACGCGCGAGGUCGUCAUCGACUUCCUACACAACCACCAGGAGAUGAUCGACUUGAAUCCGCUGAUCAUCGAGCGGCACCCCAUCCCACCACCCCCACAUGCUCCCGAAGAAGAGGAACGCUGCGUGUGGUGGAGCCUGACGGACAAGAUCUCCUAUCUGCCUGGCGGCCUGGUGACAGGCGAGAUCGCAUAUACCGCUGCCUUUAACGACCUGCCCAACGGCAUCCAGACGCACUGCUAUGCGCCCUUGGGCACCGAUAUCCGCGAGCGCUGGAGCCUGGGCGGGACCCUGCCUGGCGAACCUCUCGAGCCCGUCGAGAUAGGGCUCGGUGCCCCGAGGCAGGGGCUGUACCUUCGCGAGGAUGUUGAGCUUCGCUGCAACUUUGUAAUGGCAGGCUUUGUGAAGAAGACUCUCAAGAAAGCUCACGGCGCACUUGUCGAUCGUCUAUGUCAAAAGGCCGCUUCGGCAUGCUCGAAAAAUCCCAGCCCGAAUUUGUCUCCGAGUGGAUCGAUUAGUUCGCAGUCGGGAACGGAGAAGAUCGAUCUCCAAGCAACAGAUACCGCGUACCUGGCAGGCCACCCUAACAAUCGUUUCUCUGCGGGUCAGACUUACUCCCAACCCCCCUACGUACAGCGAAAUUCGCAUGGGAAUAUGACGGCGCCGUACGGAUAUGUCCCGUAUCGUAGACCCGUUGCGCCGCCACCGCCGCGAUGCAACGAUUCCGCGAACGGUUGGGUGGGAGGACAGCCACAGCACGCUCCGGCAGAGCUGCAGUAA